UCGAGAUAGUAGUGAUACAAAUUUCGAAAUGUAGUGUACCUCACUGUAAUGUUUUCUUAAAUAAUAGUCGUAAUAAUUUACUUACGCGUAAAAAUUUCAAGCAGUGAGACAGUCUUUAAAUUACGGUGAUAACAUGGCGUGGAAUCCUUUAAAAAAAAAUCAUUUAAUACAAAAACCAACACCAGCACAGCCUCUGUUAUCUCACACAGAAGACAGAGUAUUAGAUGAGGCUGUUCAAGGACUCAUUUAUGUUGAGGAUACUAUCAGAAAAUUAACAAAGGAAAUGAAAAAAUAUAUAGAAGCUGUAGUGAACCUGGCCAAAGCAGAUAAAAAAUUGACAACUAAUCUUACAACUUGUGGUUUGGUACAUAUCAGUGAUGAAUUCAGAACUGUGGUGGAGGACUAUCAUUCAGUUACAGUACAGGUCGUGGAAACAAUGCAAAACAUGACUGCUCUUUAUCAGAAAACAUUCAUAGAACCUUUAAAAAAAUUGCGAGAUAUAUUUACUCUGAUAGCUGAAGCAAUAAUAAAACGUGAAGACUUGGUGACAACUUGGAAAAGCUGUCAUAAAAGUGUUAAAAAAUUGCAAGAGAAAAAAGACAGGACUGCUAGUCAUAUCGCGAAGUUAGAAAGAGAACGCAGGACAGAAGAAGCGGCCGCUAAAGAUUUGAAGACAGUUCAUGCUCAAUUACUUGCUGAUCUACCCAUGUUUUUCGACAAGAGAUUGGAAUACAUUAAGCCUAGCAUACACGCAUUGAUCAUGAUACAAUUAGAAUACUACGGUAGUGCGAUGCACUUAUUUAGACAGUUGUUACGAGAUUCGAAUGCUUCUGGAUCGCCGUCCAGUACGAUGGUACCAGAAAAUGAAUACCAACAGGAAGUGGCUGAUCAAAUGAACAGAAUAAAAGCUCUCACUAUUGUCAAAGAUCACUAACAGUCACAAAAAUUUCUGAGCCAAAUAUUUCGACAGUUAUAACAAUUUAAACAUCGAAGGAACCGAAUUCUAUGGAGUUA